GUGCAUUUUACAUCGGCGUCAAAAAGUAUUUGUUUAUAAAUUAGUCAAAACUAGCACCGAAAAGAUGUCUGCGCCCGAAAAAGAGAAGAAUAAAGAGUUGGAUACGCAAGAGACCAACGCCAAAAGCGAGGACUUGGGUUUGCUAGAAGAGGACGACGAGUUCGAAGAGUUUCCAGCUGAAGACUUUCGAGUGGGCGACGAUGAGGAGGAGCUCAACGUGUGGGAGGACAACUGGGACGACGAUAAUGUGGAGGAUGAUUUCAGUCAACAGUUAAAAGCCCACUUGGAAAGCAAGAAAAUGGAGACAUGAUUGCGUUCAGCCCUAACCAUAAAUAAGGCGAAACUUUUAACUCUUUAAUGUUUAGAUUCAAUAAAACUAUAUUAUAAUUACUGAAAA